AUGCCUAGCUACAUUGUCACCUGUAAGGACGACGCUUCCCCUGAGCAAGUCGCUGCUGCCAAGCAGCACGCCAAGGACCAGGGCGGCAAGAUUACACACGAGUACAGCCUGAUCAAGGGCUUUGCCGUCGAGUUCCCCAAGGACUCUGUCCAGACUCUCGAGAGCCACGAGCACGUCAAGGCUGUCGAGGCCGACCAGGAGAUGAAGACUCAAUAG